AUGUGUUCAGUGGCUCAUAUUCAACUUUUUCCCUUUCGUGUGCUUCCACAGGCGGACGAGCAGGCUGCAGAAGACGCCCAGGAAAGACGUACGCCAGCACCGAAGAAAAAGAACCGCGUAAAGCUCGGCACAACGAAGGAAGAGGAUGAGACGCCGCCCGCGUCUCCGACCAGGAUACCAGUGGAGCUGUCGACUUCGCCUCCGUACGAAACGAAGGUUCGACAGAUCAGCAGGAAGGUCCGUGGGAUGAAGUGGGAUGACAAGGACAGACCAACACCUGAACUCUCGCAGGAUAUGAUUGCAUCUGCAGAAGAUGCCGACUCAAGGGAUCCGAACGUUGAGCUUGAGGCUGCUGCUGAGAUCUCGCCGAUGCAGCGGGCCGUGACGUCCGAGCAGAGCGUCCCUGCUACAGACGAAUCACUCACAUCCACAGAAACCGUCCCGGAGUCACAAGUGGACGAACGUCCUCCUCCGGACUCUACACUGACAAUGGACUCCGAUUUAGAUGAUCAAGAAAAGGGACUCAAGCGGAAAAUUGGCGAUCGACAAGCGAGUGCCAGUCUUGAAGAACAAUCAGGCAAAGCUCGUGUAGAAGCUUCCAAGCGCUCUCGUGAUGACCAUGACGAAGACGACAACCCUCGAGAAAAGAAACGUCCUACUCCACCUCCCGAAGAACUCGACGAGGAAUCGGCCGAGCAGGAUUCCAAGGACAUAACCCCUGAUCCUUCACAGACUGGGCCCGUUGCACCACAACCUAAAGUCGGAGGCUUUCUUGCAUACGCAGCUACCUCUUCACCAUUUGCAUCAGCAAAAGGUCCUUCUGUCUUUGGCCAGAAGUCAACACCCUCUCCAAGUCCACUCGCCGGAACGAGCAACGGCUCCGCAUCCAGUUUUUCAUCUGCCUUUGCAAUGAAGCAAUCGUCACCGUUUGCAAUACCCGGUGGAAGCAAACCCAGCUCCACAACUGCCUCGGCUCUUGCUUCUCCUUCACCGUUCUCAUCAAACACUGCGAGUGCGAGCGCUUCAAAUAAUCUCUCAACAUCUCCAACGGGUACCAAACGAUCAGGAUUCGAGGCUUUCGCAUCAGCUGCAUCCCCUUUCGCCGCAGCGUCGCGAUCUAAAUCACCGCCGUCCGGGCUCGGUUUGGCUCGUAGCAAGAGCCCAACGCGGCGCGGCCCCGGAUCAUCAAUUAAUGCAUUCAAGUCUUAUGCUGGAUCCGGGACACAAAGCUUCUCCGCACCUUCACCACCAAUAAAGAAACAACGCCACGAUUCUGGUGAAGAUGCUGAGAAUGAAAAAUCUGUCACACGUAAUGCGCUUGACUCUACCUCAAAUGGCGCAAGUCCAGAAAGCAGUGAAUCGGAGGAAAAGGCCGAGCAGCCUACAUUCGCUGACCGCCUUAGGGCGGAAACGAAUGUUCUCGAAAGCCAAGAAGGCAAUGAAGACGAAGGCAAGAUCGUUGUUACAGAGCGAGAAGUCCAAACUGGAGAAGAGGAGGAGGAUACGAUCUUCCAAGUACGCGGAAAGCUCUAUGCAUUAAGUGAACAGAAUGCAUGGAAAGAGCGCGGGACGGGUUUACUCAAGCUAAACGUGAGGAAGUCGGACGGUUGCAACGCAAGACUGGUCAUGCGGAAAGAGGCGGUAUUCACACUCCUGUUAAAUGUCACUCUUUUCAAGGGCAUGAGAUGCACAAUCGCACAAGAUCCUCGAUAUGUGCGGUUCAGCUGCAUUGAAUCUGGAAAAACUAUUCAUUAUAAUUUACGACUUUCAAACGCGAAGGUCGCAUCGGAGCUCAUUGAAGAAGUCAAUGCAAACAUACCAAGUGACGAGCCAGGCGAUGCUGUUUAA